AUGCUUUCCAAGCUUACCUUUGCCAUCGUGGCACUUCAAGCCAGCCUUACCCUAGCUGGCAAAGCCGUCAUCACCAACCGCUGCGACUACGACGUCUGGGUCUGGUCAAUCUCUACUGGCCAUGCCUCCUCAUCCUUCAUGGUCCCUGCAGGAAGCUCCCACAGCGAGGCCUACACUGGAAGUAGCACUUCCCUCAAAGUCAGCAAGUCCGACGCUUUGGUCGCCGGCAAGCACUCACAGUUUGAGUACUCCAUCGCGGCUGGCCAGCUCUGGUACGACAUCUCCUUUGUCGACUGUGCCAAUGGCGAGUCUGCGUCAAACUGCCCUGGACACGACGAAGGCCUGGCCAUGAACGCCAGCAACGACAGCUGCGGCAAGAUCGAUUGCCCCGCUGGAGACUACUGCCCUACGCAGGCCUACUACGUCGACACGCCUCUGCAAAAGCUGGGUAUCGCCGAGCCAGUUUUCAUGUGCCCCUUGUCUCUGGGCACCAACGUUGAUCUGUCCAUGACAGUCUGCUCCGGAAACCCCAAGAUCAAGAGGAGCAUCGCUGGCCGUAUCCAGAUCGAUGGCGAGGCUUAG